AAUGAUGAUUAUAUGGCGAAACAACAGUUUAGCAAUGUCAAAGUGCGAAAUUAAAGCGAACAUCAACGUCGAUUAAAUACUUAAUUCUACUCUCAAGUCCAUAUAUUACAGUAUCCAGUAUAUUCUUCGCCAGUAUGUGCAGUAUUGAGGUUAGGAUGUUUCAAAAAGGCAUUUGUUAUUCAAAUCGUCGAGUGAAAGGCAAAACUUAAAGUACAACAACCAAGCCAAAGAAGAUGGGUUUUGGAAAACACGACGGCUUCUCGAGUCUCGACAUGCUAAGGUUUCAACAUGGCGGUUCUUACCGCCAUAUGGUCCGUGUCGCCGUGUCGUAGCGUAGGUGACAUAUAGGUGUCGUGUUCUCGAGUGCAGCAAUUUGAUUAUUAAACAAAUGUUAUCCUGACCCGAGUCAUGGCAACACAGAGCGACCACGAGCUGAAGAGGCUCCUCUCGAGCCCAGUGAGAAAUGCCUCGGAGGAGGGCUCCAUGGCCCCGCCGGCCACGCCGAAUGUGCCGAGACCGAGUACCUCCCAGGCGAAUCCACAGGCGUCGAUGACGCCUAUGGUUCCGGCAAGCGGCGGCAAGGAACUCGUCGAUCCUAUGUUACAAAACGUUGUGUCAACCGUGAGUCUGGGCUGUGAAUUGAAUUUAACGUAUAUCAACACAAGGACAAGGAACUCUGAGUACAAUCCGGCAAGAUUCACUGGCCUCAUAAUGAGAAUUCGAAAUCCUAGAGUGACAGCUCUGAUUUUUCGAUCGGGAAAGCUGGUUUGCACAGGAGCCAGGUGCGAAGAGGACUCCUUCUUGGCUGCCAAAAAGUUUGCCAGGAUUAUACAGAAAAUUGGUUUUCCUGUAAAGUUUAGGGAUUUCAAAAUACAGAAUAUCGUUGCAACAGCUGACUUGAAGUUUCCUAUCAAGCUGGAAAACCUUAGUCACAAGCAUGGACAAUUUUCUAGCUAUGAACCUGAGUUGUACCCAGGUUUGAUAUACAGAAUGGUUUUACCACGCGUGGUAUUGCUUAUUUUUGUAAAUGGAAAAAUUGUCUUGACUGGUGCGAAAAACCGACAAGAACUGAAAGACGCAUUGCAUAAUAUAUAUCCCAUUUUAAAGAGUUUUAGAAAACAGUAGUGUUCUAAGCAUUGUUAUGGAGUUACUACCUGCAAAGGGGUAGCUAUGCAUGAAUAUGAUGUAAUCACCUAUUUAUAUGCAUUUUGUACAUAAAACAUUGUGUAAGUAAGUAAAUAAAUAAUUUUGUUACGUGAUUGAAAAA